GCUUGCUUUAGUCUUUCCAUUGGCUGCACUGGUGUCUUUAGUUGUGUGUCGCUUUAGUUAUUUCAGUGGGAAGGCAGUGACUAUUUUGGUUUUUUGGCACGUGAUCUCUAAAGUAACUUUGCUUUAUGGGGCUGGCGGUCUUCCUAUUAGCACGGAAAAUAGCAAAACGGAGGUUACAGAGUGGGGCAUUCUGACCAAUACAGGGAAACGGGCAUCUUUGCAAAUUUUCAGAGCGUUUCUGUUACUUGUGGUUAUGUUUGCAUUCAGUAUGCUGGCCUUUUCUACUCUCUCUUCCCUGCAGGAUUUAAAUGAAUGGAAUCCGUUGGACAUCAGUUUUAAAGAAAACAAAACUUCACAAGAAUUCCGAAUUGAACAUGCAAAGAUAGUCGAUUUACUUUUAGCAAAAUCCAUGCAGCACCCACAGAACUUCAGCACAGCACGCCACGAGGGCCGCUAUGCUAUUUGCUCUUACGAGCUCCACGGCCUCAGUAUCGUCGAUUAUGCGCUACUGGCCCAAUUAGCCUAUUUUGACUCCGAAAAAGAGGACUUUCAUAGACUAUUUAGUGCCCUUUUCAGGUUCCCGAAAGACUUUCAGCUGCGCAUGCCACCCAUCAAAAAUAGGAAGAAGGGCCACGCUCAGUUUUACGAUAUUUACAGUUCAAAGCGAAACUUAAGUAUAAUUGCCAUCAGUGGGACGGACUUGGGACGGAUUAGUGACAUUGUGGAGGAUAUGAAAAUGUAUGCCGAGUCGCUGGUUUUUACCAUCUUAUCUUGGAUUUUUCCCACCAUUCGCGUGUGGCCAGACACAACAACUUCCUUUUUAAUACAAUUUUUCCACGAAUUGCUUUACAUUUUUAACCUCCAUGAUGAAACCUGGUACUUCAAUUCUCUGACUGAAUACGUGGAGAGUUUAAAAAAUACAACCAAUGUGGUGUUGACAGGCCACUCCCUCGGCGGUGGAUUGGCUAUUAUUACCGGAGCGUUAACGAGACAUCCGUCUGUAGGAUUUAGUGCGCCGGGCAUAACACACGGUUGGAGAAAAGUAUUGGCUCUUAGAGAACGUACCAAGAAAUAUGAUAGGAAAUAUGGAAAAAACAAAGAAACUUUUCCACAUACUGCCUUGAAUAUUGUACCGGCGAACGAUCCCAUUGCCAUGGUGGACUCUCACGCGGGAAUGGUCCAAAAGAUUGCGUGCAAGCACACCCACCAGGCGCUCCAAAUGUCAUGCCACAUGCUCGAGGCGCCUACCAUAUGCUUUUAAUGAUAUUCAUUUUAGCAGUUUUAUGAAUUCGUAAAAAAGCUUAUCACCUCAUCUUAUUUUAUAAUAAAAUAAAAAGUGUCAACACUCUGCGAAUUAAUUGAAAAUUGCGGCGAUGAGCGUUUUUCAAGCUGCCAGUUCGAAUACCACUUAAGCGGCCUCAUUCCCGCCAUGACAGUUGUCGCUUCUACUCUUUCAAAAUCCGCUGGAGCUGCUCUUUUUCUUGUUGUUAUGGCUUUCAUAUUGAAACAAUU